AACUUAACCACUUGGCCAUGGGGCCAGCCCCCUUAGUUUCAUAUUUUUGCGUACUAAAUAUUUCCUUUUUUAAAAUCUUCACAUAUUUCUAUUUCAGCUUACAGAUAGUUACAUGAGUACACAGUGAUUCUAUUUUUUCUCUAAACAGUCUUUUUUAUUUUGCUUUUUAAUAGUCAGAUAUCAGUCAAACUGUUUUUUUUUUAAAUGUGGUAAGGACACUUAACGUGAAAUCGAGCCUUUUAAGAAAUGUUUAAGGAGUUGCUCUUCAAAAGAUAUAAAGUUUCAGUUAUGGGAGAUAAAAAGUUCUAGAGAUCUACUGUACAACAUUCUGCGUAUAUAGUCAUCCAUCACUUAGGCACAGGGAUAGGUUCUAGAAAUGCAUCAUCAGGUGAUUUCAUCAUUUUGUGAACAUCAUACAGUGUACUUAUACAAACCUAGAUGGUAGCCUGCUACACACCUAAGACUUUAUGGAACUAAUCUUAUGGGACCACCAUCAUGUAUUUGGUUCUUCGUUGACUGAAACGAUGUUAUUCAGCACAGGACUGUAGUUAACAAACUGUGUUGUGCACAUAAUAAAUAUUUCUUCAUUAGAAAAGAAACUUUUAUCUUCAAAGGUACUUCGAUUGCUUUUCAUUUUAAUGACCGGGGCCACUUCUUAAAUCCCAGUGAAUACACUAGACAUAAGUUGAUUUGACAUUCUUUUCUAUUUCCACAGUAAUUCCCUCUCAACAGAAAACUUUUCUGUUUGCCCAUUCUUCAGGUUGCUUGUUCCCAUUACGACUGCGGUGAUAGAAGAAGGGUUAGGAGUUUGGUCAUGGGCUCCCUCAGCAAUGCUGUGGGUCAAGGUUUCUUUUCCCUUACCAGCCUCACUCUUUCCAGUGAACUGAAAGGCUACAGCAGUCGUCAGGAAUGAAGUAAAGCCUGUUCUCCUCCUGCAGUGAGAAAGUCAGGCAAACGCUGCAGCACUGAGUGUUCCUGCAGUGCAUGGUGGUGUCCUCGUGUCUUUUAGCAUUUUUGUUUCAAACUCUUUAUCAACUAAUUUAAGAGCUGAGAGAAAUAAAAAUAAUGCACUCCUUGGCCAAACAGUGUCUGCUCUGGUCCCUGUUUCACAGGAAAUUCUUCAGUUAUGCAUUCCAGGUUAGAUAUAUGCAAACACACACACAUACACAAACACACACAAAUACACAUACACACAGUCUUCAAAAUCUCAUCCAUGGGCACUAGAGAAAAUUGAUUCUUAUCCAUAAUCCCUUUCACUUCUGCUUUCCUGUCAUCCUGUUGCUACAAUGACUGAGGACGUAACUCAUUGAGGAAACCAGUUCAAGUUGUGAAACAACUUAAGGAGAAAAGUACCUGCGUUAGCAAGCACAAAGGGCAAGUUCAAGACACCCUUUUUAUAACAGCAUCUCUGGCCCCUAAAUGAAGCCUUUUCCUCAUAAAAGUAUGAAGCCUACAAGUAGCUUCUUCUCAGCAACUGUCCUGAGAAAGUAUUCUGGACUGAAAAUAAAAAGUUUAUAGGGAAUCAAUUGUGGAUUCUGUCAUGAACAAGUCCUCUAAGUGGCAAUUACUCUAUCUUGUAUUCCUGUGACCAUAGCAUUGUGUUACACCAUGAAUUUGUGAGAUGCGUGUCUAAAAUGAGAGUUUGGGGGAAGUUCAUGGGACUCUCAGGGGAUAAGCAGGCUUCAUCCUGCAUGUUCAUCGGUGGACAAUGAGCAGGCAAUGGUGUCUACAACCGUCACUGGUUGGUAACCAGACAUUUCUAAACCCUGAGGACCUGAGAUCCUUUUUGGAGUAGAGAACAUGAUUUGUACUCAAUGAUAGGAGGUUCCAAAGAUCAUCUGAUUUGCUCAGGGAUGAUGAUGGAGGAUCUAUGGAUUCUGAUUCGUAAUCUCUCUAUAUUGUUCCUUCUUAGGUCUGUUUUUGAUUUCAAACCUUUAGCUAAUCCCCUGUGUCUCCCAGUGCCAGGAACCUUGCCAGACCAGGUGACUUAUCUCAUGACCCAGAGGUAGAAAGUGAAGCAUUCUUUAUCUCCUCAGGGUAGUUUAUUUGGGGACAUUGUUGAAGAGGUGUAUUAAAUUUAAUUGUCCAAUUAUUCACUGCCAGAUUACAGACUGUAAUUGAUUUUAAAUUUUCUCCUUGUGUCCUAUGACCCUGCUUAAAUUACUAAUUCUAAUAGGUUCCUCUAAAUUUAUCUUGAUAGUCUAUAUAAACUGUUAUGUCAUCUGCAAAUAGAAACUGUUUUAUUUCUUCUUUUCUGCUAUUUAUACCUUUAUUUGUUUUUCUUGCCUAAAUUUUUGGGCUAGGACAUAAAGUUGAACAAUGAACAUGAAUGAUGAGUGUUGAAUGUUUAACCUUGCCUCUCCUCCUCCUUGGGCCAUAUCUGCCGCCAAGGAACAGAGCUCCCCUGAGAGAUCAGGGGUGAUAAGAACAUAUAGGAAGAAUUUCCAUAAGGAGUAUCUUUACAACGUUUAAUAAAAUGAGAUGCUUCUUUGGUGUUAAUAAUAUGAAAAGACAUCAGAAGAAGUGACAUGAUAACAAGAUCCUGAGACCCAUGAGAAAAGGUUAAAGUAAGAGUGUCGCUUGAGUUGACCCUCUCUCUUCCUGUGAAAAGCACAGUUCACUCCAGACUGACUCACUCAGAUGAUGGAUCCCUGCCAAAGCUCUCUCACUUUUAUCCUGACUUCCCCUUAUCUGACUACAUCUUACUGGAUUAAGGUUGACUUUGGGUAUUGUAACCUCUACAACAUCCUCCUUGUACACUUCAAACUUCCAAGGCAUUUCUAGGCACAGAGCUUUGGAAAUAUCACAGUUCAUCUGUGUCACUAGCAUUAUCAUUAUCACAGUUCACCUGUGCCACUUAAGACAGAGUUUUAGAAUUUUACAUUACUAAAUAUAGUAAUACAUAGUCUGAGUUUUCCAGAGAAGCACUACCAAUAUGAUAUAUAGAGAGCUAUAUAGAUCAUAUACACCUAUAUAAUAUAUUGGCUCACAUUAUUAUGGAGGCUGAGAAUUUCCUGAAUCUGCUGUCGUCAAGCUGGAGAACCAGGAAAACUGGUGGUAUGAUCAGUGUCUCUCAAGGCUUGAGAACCAGAGCAGCCAGUGGUGCAAGUCCUAAUCCAAGGGAGAGGACGACCUAAGCCCCAGCUCAGACAGGCAGGCAGAAAGGAAAAGGGGCAAAUUCUUUUCUCCUCUACCAUUUUGUUCUAUUCAGGCCCACAACAAAUUGGAUGAUGCCCAGGCAGAAUUGGGAGGAAAAUGAAGUUUACUGAGUCGACAGGUUUAAAUGUCAAUCUCCUUUGGAAAUAUCCACUCAGACACACCCAGAAAUAGUGUUUAAUCUGGGGACCCCAUGGUUAGUCCAGUUGACAUGGAAAAUUAGCCAUUACGAUUAUUUUCUGCCUUUAUUUUUCAUAUGCAAUAAUAAAGAGAUUAUAUGUUAAAUAGUAUUGGAUACCAAUGCCCAAAAAAAUGACACUUCAUAUAGUUUUAUCUUCCCAGUCUAGGAAAAGUGUCAUUCCAGCCAUAUUGAAUCCACAUUCUGAAAGUCAGCAUCACUGUGCUUUGACUGUGAUAAGCCCUCUCAGUUACCACCUGAGGCAAUUUCAGAUUUGGAUAGCCAUUCCCUCUCACAUGACCUCAUGGGAUAUAGACUGGCCAGAUUCACUUAGCUUAGCUGGUGGAUGCAGGACAGUAGAGAGCAUGCCUGUAUGGCUGUCUCAGGUGAGCCUUCCUUUUUGGUACUCACCAUGGUAAAGGAGGUUCUUCAUUCCCACCUCAUGACAGCUCACUUGUAAAGAAAUAAGACAAGGUGGGUGUGUGUGAAAUUCCAUUGCCUAGGGAAGCCUAGUACUCCAAAGGACAAAUUACCUUGAAGAGCCAGAAACAGCUUCCAGGACUAGAACUGAGACAGGAAUAAGAAUAUAGUCGCUUGCCCAUUUGGCCCAGGCACAAACCUUGUCACUUCCCAGGGGCUUCAUAUGGAGGCCUCUAAUUGUUCCAUAGUUUCUAUUGUCCUUUUCUGCCCUCCUUUAAGAAUUUAACUUUCAUUUUCACUUCCUCCCCUGGAUCACUUUGUGAAGAUCAGGCCCUUGGUUUUUUGAGUGAAUCCUGACCACAUCUGCUCCCAGCCUGCCUUCAAAUCUCCAAGGAGACAGGGCUGCUCCAUUGGUGUGUGAAGGUAAAUUCUCAUCACCGGGGCCUCUCCGUGCUUAGAAACCAUGACGGAAUGACACCUGGCACUUAUUCACUUGACCAGACACAGGAAAUUGGCACAAUUCCUUAAAAAAAUCACUAACCUUGCUCAUCCUUCUCCAUCAGCCAUACGUGCCAGAAGGAGACCAAAUUCAGAUGAGAGAUCAGGAGCAAGAGGAGCAUGUAGGAAGCAUGGAUCUGUGAGCUAGAGGAGCCUCAGAAGUCAAGACAAGUAGGACAGGUGAGCAGCUGCAAUGGCUUCAGAAAUCCUGAUGAACAUAAAGGAGGAGGUGACCUGCCCCAUCUGUCUGGAGCUCCUGACAGAACCCCUGAGCCUAGACUGUGGCCACAGCUUCUGCAAAGCCUGCAUCACUGCAAACAACAGGGACUCCAAGAUUGGCCAAGAAGGAGAGAGCAGUUGCCCUGUGUGCCGAAUCAGCUACCAGCUUGGGAACCUGAGGCCUAAUCGGCCCAUGGCCAACAUAGUGGAGAGGCUCAGGGAGGUCAAGUUGAACCCAGAGGAGAAACAGAAGAGAGAUCUCUGUGUACGUCAUGAAGAGAAACUCCUGCUUUUCUGUAAGGAGGAUGGGAAGAUCAUUUGCUGGCUUUGUGAGCGGUCACAGGAGCACCGUGGUCACCACACAUUCCUCAUGGAGGAGGUUGCCCAGGAAUAUCAGAAGAAGCUCCAGACAGCUCUGGAGAGGCUGAGGAAAGAGCAGCAGAGAGCUGAGAGCUUGGAAGCUGAUGUCAGAGAAGAAAGAACUUCAUGGAAGAAUAAAAUGCAAAAUGAGAAAAAAAGUGUCCAGGCAGAGUUUAAUCAAGUGAGAGUUUUCCUGGACUCUGAGGAGCAGAAGGAGCUGCUGAAGUUAAAUAAAGAGGAGGCAGAUAUUCUACAUCACCUCGCUGAGGCUGAGAAUGAGCUGGUCCAGCAGAAGCAAUUGGUGAGCGCUCUCAUCUCAGAUCUGGAGCAUCGGUUGCAGGGGUCAACAAUGGAGAUGCUGCAGCAUGUGAAUGACAUCAUGAAAAGGAGUAAGACCUUGACUGUGAGGAAGCCAAAAACUCUUCCCGUGGAACAAAAGAGAGUGUGCCGAGUUCCUGACCUGAGAGGGAUACUGCAAGCAUUUAAUGAGCUCACAGACGUGCGACGCUACUGGAUUCACAUGACACUGGAUCCUGUCAACUCUAAAUCAAAUGUUUCCUUUUCUGCGGAUCGGAGACAAGUGAGACCAAAGACAGAUGCAUAUCAAAAUUACAAUUUUGAUGAUUGUGGUAUUCUGGACUCACCAGUGAGACCACGGAGAAAUGCAUAUUGGGAUUAUGAUGAUUAUGAUGUUCUGGGCUCCCAAGUUAUCAGAUCAGGGAAACAUUACUGGGAGGUAGAUGUGUCAGAGAAAAGUGCCUGGAUUCUUGGGGUAUAUAGUAGAAGAAGCCCUGAAAUCAACAUGAAGAUUUUAUUUCAAGAAAGUGAAAAUUAUCAAGAUAGUUACUCUAGAUAUCAACCUAAAAAUGGCUACUGGGUUAUAGGGUUACUAAAUUGCUCUAAAUAUAAUGCUUUUGAGAACUUUUCCCCCUCAUGUCCUUCGUUCUUAACCCUCUCCUUAACUGUUCCUCCCUUUCGUGUUGGUGUUUUCCUAGACUAUGAGGCUGGCACUGUCUCAUUUUUCAAUGUCACAAACCAUGGAUUUCUCCUCUAUAAAUUCUCUUCAUGUUACUUUUCUCAAGAAACUUUUCCAUAUUUCAAUCCUAUGACUUGUCCUGUCCCGAUGACUCUGUGCUCGCCCACCUCUUGAGCCUUCUUAUACCCUCACUCACUUUGUAGUGCCUCUUGCCUUGGGUGUAUUUAACACACUCAGGUCAUUUGCGACAUUCUCACCAUCUUUUCCUUGCUGCCUCCCUCUUUUUCCACUUGAACAUCCCUCAUUCACCAAUAGGAUGUACAGUUUUUCUUGUGUCAUAUUUUUCCCAAAAUCAUGUUUGCAUUAGGAGAGAAUCUUAAUUCAUCAUUUUCCUUCCUCCCAAGGAAAAAUCACUAAUGCCUCAUAAGGAAAGAUCAGUAUUGAGGUAACACCUCUGCCAAAUUUUUACGGCCUCAUUUCCUCUACCACUGACUGUGAAUAUGAAGGAAAGCUUUCCAAUAAUUUUUGUACCUUAUCGAAGACCUUGUAUAGGAGUUAUCCAUGAAAUAAUGAGUCCUUUUGGUGUGUCAAUUUACCCAUGGUGCCUCUUAUUCAUCAAGGAGUAAAGGAGAAAAUAUAAAUACUAUGCACUAAGAGUGGAUGUUUGUAUCCAGAGUGUCUGAGUUCAAAUCCUGUCUCUCCACAUACUAGCAGUAUAACCCUGAAUGACGUACUUAAAUGCUGUGUUUAUUUUCUUAGAAUAAUCUUAGGAUAGGAACUGCUUCAUACUUAGGAUCACUGUGUGAAGACAAAUGUCAUUAAGUAAUAAAUAUUUGCUCUACUAAUUACUGAAAAAUAUACGCUGUUUCAGUGUCUCAUGAAAUAGUUUCAUUUCUUCAGGGGUUCUAGGGUUCUUUUUACUGAAGUUUCAUUUUCCAGAUCCAAGAUACACUGCUCUGUUGUCAAGACUACUCCAGCUCUGCUUGUGAUACAUGGAGGGGGGUGUGUGUGCGUGCCUAUCACAGUUAGAAUUUUAUUAUAGUUCUGAUGUUGAUACACACUGGCCAUUAUCAAGUAAACUAAAGUCUAUCAGGUUCAGUUUCUUAUUUGUAAAAAAAAAUAUGGAAUUUAUUGAAUGUAGUACUGUGAAAUUUAAAAAACAGAAUUUUUUCAAUAACUUCCGUCAUUUCUAGCAUUAAGCAGUAAUCCAACAUGGUGUGUAUCAUUUUUUGUCUCCUCCUCACUGUGACUGAAAUAAAUGAUGUUAAAAAUACA